GCUGGAGAUGCGUUGGGCCGGCUGCGUGUAGCCCACGCAAGCGGCGGAUCGGGCAGCGUCGAGCGGGACGAGCAGGCAAGCUCCUGUUCGAUGCAGAGGAAGCAGAGGUCGGCGACAGUGGACUUGGCGAAGGGCGUCGCGACGAAGGCGAGUUCGGGAGGGCGUGGAGGAGCGGAUCCGGGCAGAGGGAUGGUUCCCGGCGGCGACGAUGGAUCUGAGGACAGUGGAGCUCCAUGGCGGCGGCGUUCGGGCCGACGCGAUGGAGAUGGCCAACCAAAUCAUGGUAAAGCGCGGCCACCUAGAGGCGACGGCGGGCGUCCAACACCUCAGCGCCGGCCAUGGUCGCGUUUUCUUCGAGCUCAGCGUCCAUGGGCGACGAGACCUUCCUCCUCGUCUUCUCUGUCCUAUUGGACGCCGCCGACCUCGUCCGAUGCGCGGCUGCCGGGAGGCGAGGAUGCCAUCCUGCGCUGUGGCGCCCUUUACGACCACAGCUUCUCCUAGCACAACAGCCAUACGCUGCACAUGGGCAACGGGCACAUCCUCCUCGUCUUCUUCGGCCGCUCAAGUGCUGCAUUUGAAGAUAGUCUUAGUGAACAGGUUGCGUUUAGGACUGGUGAUUUUACCCGUCAGGUGAUUUUCAUUGGUGGUUUGGCAGAUGGGCUCUUAGCAACUGAUUACUUGGAACCAUUGUCACUUGCGUUGGAGGUUGAGAAAUGGUCACUGGUUCAACCAUUACUUUCUUCAUCAUAUACUGGAUACGGAAUUUCCACCUUGGAGCAAGAUGCAUUGGAACUUGAUCAGCUCAUCGGUUACUUGAUAAAUAAAGAUAAUUCUGAAGGAGUAAUACUGCUCGGUCACAGCACUGGUUGCCAGGAUAUUAUACAUUACAUGCGGACAAACUUUGCAUGUUCCAAAGCAGUUUCUGGGGUAAUUUUGCAGGCCCCAGUAAGUGACAGGGAGUAUAGGGCAACUCUUCCAGAAACAGGAGAAAUGAUAGAUCUAGCAGCGAAAAUGAUUAGUGCGGGCCGUGGAAUGGAUUUGAUGCCCAGAGAAGCAAAUUCAGAUGCUCCAAUUACUGCCUACAGGUUCCACUCCCUUUGUGCAUAUAUGGGUGAUGAUGAUAUGUUCAGUUCUGAUCUUAGUGAAGAUCAGCUGAAGCAGAGACUUGGUCAUAUGUCAACCACACAGUGCCUGGUUGUUUUUUCAAUGGCGGAUGAGUAUGUCCCUGAAUACGUCGAUAAGAAGGCACUUGUAGACAGACUCUCUCGUGCACUUGGAGAUUCAGAGAAAGUUGAAAUAAAAUGGGGAAACCAUGCUCUUUCCAACAGGGUGCAAGAGGCUGUCGAGGUUAUUGUAGAUUUUGUUAAGAGGGAGGGACCCAAAGGAUGGGACGAUCCAUGGAGCUAGAUACAAUAGUCAUAUGAUGCAAUCUUUACCCCCCUUUACCUGUUAGAAUCUUUCGUUUUUGUAGUUUUCUUAGUCAAUUUUCUAUGUACUAAUGUUCUGAUCUAUUUAAUUUUAUUGUGUAAACCCUUGUCUAGUACUUGAUUCUCGAUCUCGUGUUCAUCUGUGGACAUUCAGAUAUGCUGUUUGAAAAUUGUAAGUUGUAAUGCUACUAUCUCUGGAAUGUUCCUCUUUGUCUAUUCAGAGUGUUUUUUUUAAGGCUA